CGGCAUUUUUGUGAGAUCAGCAGUUAAAAGUCCAAUCCAGUUGUGGUUCUGAGAUCAUUAGCGAGUACCACAACGCGCGAGUCGCUCGAAAAACAAUCUCUCGAGAAGAAAAGAGAAGAAAAACGAACAAGUGAAGCCGUAAUGUAGCCCUUUUUCAACAGCAUUCGUUCACUGGAUUAAUUGAAAGAACAUCUGAAAGUCUUUAUUGACUUACUAAUAUAAAAUAUGACAAAUAUUUGGUAAUCAACUGGUAUCACUGGCAACUUGGUAAGUCGAGAGUAGUACGGCCUGUGGUGAGGCGCUUGGUUAUUUAUCAAUGAAAAAGUUUACUUUACUUUUACUGUAACAUAUAAAAGACUAUUACACAUAGCUUAGAUGUGCCCGAAUCCUAGUAACUGAGCAGUCCAUUGGACGUUUUACUUGAUUGAACAGGGGCUAAAUAAAGAUUUAAAAAAUUGCCUUCAGGGCAAUUGUGGUUUGCCAGAGUAUCAUUUCCGGCAUUUUAGCCAGCAUGACGUAAAUUUGACGUCAUUUCACUCUGUGACAACGGAUGCCUUUUGUCAAGGUAUAUUUUAAAGACUGGAGUCGGUCACGACUGGACUGUAGCUUGGACUGCUUGGACUGUAACUUGGAAUGCAUUUGCUGGCUAUUUUAAACUGUUUCGGAUUUUAGAAAUUACAGAAUCCUUUACCGGCUGAUAACUGUGAUAGUUUCAGCAAAUAUAUAAAACUAAUUUUAUUCCGAAAAAAGUGUGCAUCAGUUAACAACACAUCUAUUUUUAAAAACUGUACAUUACAAAUCUAUUUUGAUUCAUCUUCAGCAGUAUAGUUAUCCCAUAUCUUGUAAAUAAACUGCUGAAGAUGAAUCAGAAUAUAGAUUCGAAAUAUACCGCAGUUUAUAAAGUAAAUGCGUUGUUAAAAAUAAAAUGCAUACUUUUUUUGGAAAAACUUUAGUUUUAUAUUAGAAAUUACAAGUCGAAUAUAAUCCAACAUUAUUGGAUGUAAAAUUGUGAAUGUUGGGUCUAUUUGAACAUUAUGUUUUAAAAAUAUUAUAGUUUAGUUGGCUGAUAUAGUUUAGUUGGCAUUUGGAACAUUGUUCAAAAUAUUCCGACAAAGACAAUUAAAGUAAAAAUGACGUCCAUUAUUAGAUCAUAGACAUAGUACAGGCAUACAGAGUGCUACACUACAUGCUGGACCACACGUUUCAGAAAAUAUUUUCCAGAAUCACUUCUAGUAGUGAGGCCACUGAAUUUAGAAAAUUAGACUUUUUUCUCUAACGCCUAACACUAGAAUAUAUUUAAAAUGCGUACAAAGGUCUACUUAGUCAUAGAAUCUGUCGCUUGCUUUCUGUGCGUGCCAUUACAAAUCCAGAAUUUUGUGAAGACAGAAUUUCGACUAGUGAAAAGAGAUACUGCAUAGUACGUCACAUAUUCGAGAGGCUAACACGAUUUAAGGAUUGUCUAAACGGAUGUAUCGUAAAAAUCUCGCAGCUUGUCAACUAGAUGUGUUCGCAAUGCUUGUUCCGAGUUGUUAACAAGUCUGGAACAAGUUGUUAUCAUCUUGUAACAAGGCUGAUGAGGCCAACAGACUCGCAACAAGUUGUUCCAACAAGUCUGACAUCGUCUGCACGUAACACGUCAGUUUAACAAGUUGAUGGCAGCAAAAGUUUGUACAAAUUGAUGGCAGCAAGUUUGUACGUUUUUAACAAGUUGAUGGUAGAAAGUUUCGAUCCGUACAGCCUGUGUUGGAACAACGUUCUUGUAACAAGUCUGUUGCCGUCAUCAGCCUUGUAACAAAGUGAUGACGGAUCUGUAAACCAGUUGUAACAUGGUUGCUCAAGUCGAUAUUAGGAUGCGUUCGUACUGUGCUCGUUCCAUACAGUAGUGUUGUGACAAGUCUGGAACAAAGUUGUUAUCACCUUGUUACAAGGUUGAUGAUGGUAACAGACUUGCUACAAGUUGUUCCAAGUCUACCGAUACAAGUUGCCACGGGCUUGUUGUCGGCAUUUUGACAAGAGAGAAACGAUUUAGUUAAAUUUAUUGCUUCUAUGGGAGCAUGUUUACGCGAGGCAAAUUGACUGGCAAACCUCAUCGACUUUCAUCACCAAUUUUGAUGAGAGUUUUUGGCUACGCGCGUGGUAAAAUCCAGUUAACUCUCAUCAACUCUUGUUUUCGAUCGUUUGACAAGUAGAAUUGUUUACUUCUGAAGAGCGACUCUAUUAUAUACUUUUGUGUGCAAGUACACUCAUUUGCAUCGCUCUGUCAGAAACACGACAAAAUCGCCGACAAAAUUGCUAGUAUGAACUAGGCUUUUAGCCUGGUUUCCAUAUGGUCGUAACGGUCGUAAAGAUUGAGUCACGAUCUUUCUCAACUUAUGAUUUAUAUGAUGUGGUUUACAGGUAAAAACUAUUAUAAGGCCACAUAAAAUAGUUCCUUGUCCUUGAUUCUCACACUAUACACUUUGAAAAUGUCGAAGGGGCGGGAGGUUUAUAUUUUAUAUUUAUAUAAUUUAUAUAUCAAUAAAUAAAAAAUAAUUCCUAACGUUUAAUACUUCAGUGAUUUCCAAAGUGAAGUGUCACAAACCGAAAUAUUAACUGACAUAUUUCUCCACGAACAAUGACUGAACCCUUGAACUGAAUGCGAAGUUCCUUUAAAAGGCAAUGAAAUUUCUUUCAAGGUUCUGUUUGUUUGAAAUUGGCAGUUUAAAAUGGCACUAAAAACCCAAUAUAAAAUAUAAAAAACUUUAACUGUCUUGAAAUAUUUUGUCGGGCGGUACAUUUAUAUUGUAUUACAAAAUAUAAACAAUUUUCACGCGGCUCUUAAAAUACAAUCGGGCGGUGAUGAGAAUCAAGGAAUUUAUUUUAUGUGGCCUAAACUGGCCGUUGAGAGAGAUCGUGACUCUAUUUUUACGAUGGCAUUACGACCAUAUGGAAAUCAGGCUUAAAAUACGAGGUAUUGUAAAAUUUUUUUUAUAAUAAAUUAUAAUUCAACGCCGCGGAGAAUGCCGAACCCCCACUGGUUGAGAUUUUUUUCUAGAUCAUGCAAUUUUAGCGGCGACUGAUGGUCAAGCCAUAUAUGUAUUUUUUGCGCAGCUUAUAUAUUAUAGCUUGCAGCAGGGCGAUUUCCAGUUAAUAGGACAAGUUUUGAGCUCUGCAGGUAAUCCAAUUGUAAUACGAUAGGCACAGACGCAACUAAUCGCUUGAUGAUUGAAGAAUAUGUGAGAUAUUUCAUGCAACAUCGCAUAACGUAACAAAUUAGAACCAUUUAUCCGCUGUAGAAAUUUUAAAAGAAUGUAUAUAGGCAUAACCGUUUAUUGCCUGAUGUAUUUAGAAAAGUCUAAAGAUUAAAGGCAUAUAUUGGACAAUUUAUAUAUGGGAAAUUUUGAACCUGGAUUGAAAUGUUGUGUGGAAAAGUUUUUCUCAAAACUGAUAUGCAAAGUAUAUAAAGUAAUUUCCAAUUUAUAAGAAGUUAAGGCUGUACAUGUCAAUGACGUGGUUCUCAUGCCAUGGCCUCUUAUGUUUCUUACUACAUUAAUUAAUCAAUGCAUUCUUUGUUUCCAGUACAUUAACAUUUACAAAGCUGGGUAGUAGCAAGGUCAGUAAGCCCCCGCCCGGUCAAACGAGAUGACAGCCAGUUGGCAGUCAUACAUUGUUACGUGGGGAACAUUUCAUGCUCUAGACAAAAUAAAAGCUUGGUGAGUGUUUCAACUAUGUUUUAACUUAGAUAGAAUACUUGAUAGUGUUGGGAAAGCAUUAACAGCUAACAAAGGUUGACCAAGGUCGCGCAAUUACCAAUUAUUCACGUUUGAUCCUGACACGAGUGAGAUAAGCCAUAAGCAGGAAUACAAAAGAAAACUUUACCUUCGGGGCUUGCAAAGACAUACUGGAAAAAAUAGUGAAAUUCAUACUAUGAAGUUUACAAUUGCAUCAUUUAGGCAUAGUAAAUCCAUAUGCUGUUUCCAUAAUAUAUCAUAGUAUGGAAAUUGCAAUUUAAUAGUAUGAAGAUUGGAUUUCCACGUUAUUCAGUUCCAACGAAAAUUCCGUACUACUUCCGUAGUAUUUUGAAAAACAUUUCUAGUGGACAAAGCGGGCAAAAUUUACUUUUGUUUUAGUUUUCUUGGCUUAUGCUCAGAGGUUUGUGUUAAGCUUGCUGACAAUAUGUCGAAGUCUGUGUCGCAUGCUUCACUGAGUGUCUUUGAUUUGACUUUUGUCUUUUCUUAUGCUUGUUCUUAUCUCAGCCGUGUGAUUAAUGCUUCGCGUCUCUAUUUAUGUUCCGCGUAGCAUUUUGCUAAACACCCAACUCUAUACAUUCAAUGCAGUAAGGCACCGAAUUAUGCACGUCAAUUGAGCAGUUCGCCAUAGCCAUAGCCAUAGUCAUAGAGGACGAGGUCAAUUAGCAGUUAUGAGUUUUGACUUUGACAACCUUGUCAUUUGAAUUGAGUUAGCCCCCUCUAUACACAUUUUCGGAUUCGUGGAUGUUAGGUGGGGUAUAGGUGUGGGUAUAGGUGUGGACAUAAGGAAUAUCACCAACAAAAUAUUUGUGGAUCACAAACGAAUCCACUAUGAAAACUGGCAUUGGACUCGCAAACCACAACACUGUCUGAUGACAAUUUUCCACCCUCCUCUGAAAUUCCACUGCGUAUUAGGUAUACCUGAUUAUUUACGGUGCUUACUAUAAACCAGACUAGUCGAAGUUCCAAUAAGAGACAUUUGAACCACGUCAUUGGGUGCGUAUAUACUGGCAAUUUUGACCUCGUGUACUACUAAUUAUUUCCAUGCGGGCAGUAUACAUUUACUAGUAGAUCGGAGAUUCCUAUAGACAAGCCAUUAACUUUGCAUUGAAUUGCCGCUAUUUCGUGGCGAUAAAUAGAAUUCAGAGUUGUUUUGAAAACACCACGCCAUAUUUAAUUGGCCCAAAUAUUUCGUGUUGUUUCCCAGCUGUAUACACUAUAAAGGUUUCUUUCACCACAUGUGAUUCAAACACAAACCCUAUUAAUUUUUUAAAUAAAAUUCUCUCUGAAAGAGCUUUUGUCACUCACUAUAGCUGAAACUGAAUGUGAAGCAAUAGGAGGUUAUCUCAUAUUUUGUCUAUUUAUUUUUUUAUUCAGUCACGCACAUAAAAUAUCACAUUUACAUGGAGAUAUAACAAUAACAAUAAAAUGCCGUGAAAGGAGAAGAAAACUGAGAAACUAAAUUCCAAUUGAUAUUCGAUCCCUUCACAAUUCAAUAAUGGAUAACGAGACGUACUAAGACUGAAUUGUGCACGAACUGAACAUGGAUUACAUGCAACUUAUUUAGGGUAUAAUUAUCUAUGGUGGUAUGUAGGUAGACAGUUUGGCUUUAUAAUAAGAGAACAUAUCACAGAUUACAUGCAACUUAACAUAUAGGAUACUCAGUACACGCACAACGAAUUUUAGAGUAUAAUUUUAUUUUUAUUUUAUUUUACAAUCUUUGUCAAAUAAAUGACAGGUUAUACCCACAGAGCAGAACACUCCUUUACGGGUAACCUUAAUUAUCUAUGGUGGUAUGUAGGUAUAGACAAUUUAGCUUUAUAAUAAGAGUGUAGAUGGUGCUCAUUGAAGUUCGGUGGUAGAUUGUUCCAGAGGAUGACAGUGCGUGGGAAAACACUGCGUUAGAGCAUUAUUACAAAACGAUAGAGUCUUCGGAUUGAUAAAGAUCAUGACAACCUCGGAUGCAACUGCCAGAAAAAUACAAGGUUGAACUUCGACGUUUCGGCGAGCGAAGUCCCUUGUUUCCCGAAAACGUCGAAGUUCUCCUUGUAUUUUUCAGGUAGUUGUAUUCCUAUCAAUCCAAAGCCUUCUUAUAUUAUUCACAACAAAUUAUACACGUGACAUGAGAUCUCAGAAUUAACGAAUCUCUAAACAUCAAAAUAAAUAGUUGGCUUUUCAAAAUACGUGCACGGCAUUCUUCUGAAGAUGACUUUAUAAAUUAAUAGUCGAAACGUAAAGAAUGAAAAUGUUUACAAUUUUUGGAGUGUCUAUUGUUUUGUGUUUUAUCUACACAUCAAGGGUUUCGACUAUAUGGAGAUCCCUAGCUUGGCACAGACCGAACGAGCGAACGGCAAACUGUUAUUUGCCUUCUAGAAUGUUCCUUUUUGGAAUUGCCGUUGUUUUGGAAUGAGAUUUUCACAAGCAAUGCGGCCAGAAAUGGGUAGAAACCCCCCAUCGCGACCCUCUUACAGUCUUACUGAAUAUUGUCUUUGUCAGUAAUUAUUGCCUGGCAUCUGACGUUCAAAAACAGUAGGGGGGCCAGGGGAGGGGGCGACAACCGCCCCCAAUAAUUCCCACAGAAAACCUUCUAUUGAUAACUGAACAACUGAGCGUAACAAUUAUUUUUCAUACAUGAUGAAAGAAUGGUAGGCCGUAGAUUAAGCUAUAUAUCAAUGAAAUUCAAGACAAAAAAUAUCCGUGUUAGCAAUCCAAAUUCGCUCCCCCCGAUUUUUUUGCAACUGCUCCCUGGUUAAUAGGUCUCAAUAAAUAAAAUGUAUAAAAAUAACACUAGACUUGAAACUUUCCAUGCGUUUCAGCGCUAAUCAUGGGUUAAAAUUUAACUCCCUGUCCCUGUUUUAGCAUGUGUAUUUCUGGCAUUUUCUGCACGUCCGUUUAGUUCUAAACGUCAGAAUAGAAAACUCCUAUGGAUCCACACAAGAUUUCUGAAGAAAUAUUUCCAAGUUUAUGGUCUUUAUGUUACACAACUUGUUGGGAAGUUUGAUUUGGUUUAUAAGCUAUAAACCGGCUUCUGAAAAACUGGGCCCGCCCAGAAUAUAAACACCGACUCCAAAAGUAAACACAUAAGUCAUAACAGAGAGCGGUCUGAGCGUGAUCCUUAUAGCGUGCCUUUAUACUACUUGAAAUUACGAUUGCACAAUAAGCCAAGAUUAACUCGUAGAACCCCAACCGACAAUAUGUCAACAGGGAGGUUUACUUUAUACAUAUCUACUAAGUCACAAUUCUAUAUAUAACACAGUCCAGUCCAUUGUGACAAAGAGUUCAGUUCUAUAAUAUAUUCUUUAUGACAUUGCACGGUUUGGCAAACAUAAUGGGAAGUUUUGAUUUAUCGAUAUCACGUUAUUGACGAAUGGCAUUGAGGUCAACAACCUAGGCGAUAUAUAUUGUUGUCGAUGACGAUGUUGGUUAAUACUCGAAGUUGGUUUUGAAAAUUUUAUCUUACGUUUACUAAGUAACAUAACAAAGGUGAAGUAUAUAAUAUCUUCAUAUUUGCAUGAUAUUGCAUGAGAAUAAUGCAUUUGUGAAUUGAAAUUUAAAUGCUAUUUGUGUGGUGUAAUUAGAAUCGCUGUUAUCUGCAAUUCAAUACGCCAAAAGCCUCUAGGCAGACAGGCUUCUGACCAUACGACUUCUGUUUAUCCUUUGAUUUAUAGCUAAAGCUUAGGAGAAUACGAAUACUAUUAUAAAUCACAACCUAGCCCAAUCGAAAUAAAUCCAAAUGAACAAUUUUGAAGCCAAAAAGUACAGAUUACUCGACAGCAAAAUUUGAUUGUGUAACACUGGUUAUUAUUAAAUUCUAUGGACUCCUGGUGUGCGGUGAGUUUGCAUACCAAGCCGACCAAGCAUGAGCCAGGCAAAAAAAAAUUCUUACACGAUGAAAGACAAUGACUACUAAACUUUGGGCUCUUACUGUUGCUAUAAAAGAGAAAAUUUUGUUGCGUAUAGGCGACCGAUAUUGUGCGAAAGUCGUAAAUCAAGUCAAUUGAGCCAUUAUGCCUACAAAUUAUGCAAGGCAUUUUGAAUAAUUAUUCGCACCACCGAAUCUUCGAGGUGACUAUAGAAAAUCAACUGACAGCUUGUUAUUUGAUCUAUUUAGGUAAGGUGUAUGAUACCAAGAACAGUCUUCAUAUUUUACUGCAAGUACUAUACACAACAUGCCUAGGGCAGCGAGGUCAAUGGAAUUGGACGGUAUAUCAACAACGAAAGCGGGCUCGAAAUCAACUCGCAAAGGAAAAACCAGCAACUCGAAUGGCCACGACUGUAAUAUAUGUCGCAAGAGCAAUAUGACUUUGUCUGGCUUGAAAAUACAUCUCCUAACUCACAGCGGAGAGAAGCCGUAUUUGUGCACGGUUUGUGACAAACGCUUUACAUGUUCGUCGAAUUUAAAGAAGCACCAGCGAAUUCACAACAAAGAUUAUAUAUACGCGUGUGAAGUGUGCGGGAAGACAUGUUCGGACCCGAGCAACAUGAAAAAACACAUGACUGUUCAUUCAGGGGAGAAAGCCUACGUUUGUCCGUCUUGUGGUAAGAGCUACAGCUACGCACAAAGCCUGAGACAGCAUAUGGACGAUGUUCAUGUAGAAAACGGCGAGAAACGGCUCAAAAAUAAACGCAAAGGUCAUUUCCCUUGCCCGGAAUGUGGCAAAGUGUUUGGCUACUACUGGCGAUGUUCGCUACAUCAAGCUCGUGUUCACGCGGUCGACCGUCCUUACAAAUGCCCCGAAUGCGGGAAAUGCUUCGCGAGGGAGACGAUACUGAACAAGCACUUGCAAACGCACGAGAAACCGUACGCUUGUACCGAAUGUGAACGGCGGUUUAGUUUUCGCGACCAAUUACACAAGCAUAGUCGCACCCACAGUGGUGAACGACCUUACCAGUGUGAGACUUGUCUCAAGUCUUUCAGUCAACGAGGGAGCCUUACCGAACACAUGAGGACCCAUACUGGCCUCAAACCUUUUGCUUGUCACAUUUGUGGCAUGAAAUUCGCUUCUAGUAGUAGUCUACGACGUCAUGAGCGCAAGGUCAAAUCGUGCUUCCCCGCGCCACUGGGGGAAGAAAUUCCCAUCGGAAGUAUGUACCCUCAUAAGGCGAUAUACGUACCUACACCUCCGAUAAACAUACCUAGGGUCGAAACCCGACCGGUAAUUGAUGGGUUACAAAACUCGUAUAUGGGGGAAAACUCGUAUCUAAGGGAAAACCCGUACAUGGGGGAAAACCCGUAUAUAGGGGAAAACCCGUAUAUAGGGGAAAACCCGUAUAUGGGGGAAAACCCGUAUAUGGGGGGAAACCCGUAUAUAGGUUUAAACCAAUCAAGUUCAAGCAGUGUGGCUCAAAUUUCAACAGCAAAUAACUUAUUCACUGGUUUAUAUCCAACAAGUUCAGCUACAGAGUCAAAUAAUGAACAGUAUAAUGAAAUUGGUAAAAACUUUGAUGUGAAUGGUAAUUUCGAGGCAACAAUGGUACCAAAUAGUCAAAUUUCCAUGGUCGUGAGAUGCGAUAAGAAUGGUAAGAUUUCUGUGUUACCAGUUACUUUACAGUUGGUAAAUGGCACCACACAAUUUUCUAGUACUGAUGGUGAACCUAAUGACCCUGCAACAAAAGCACCUGUUGUUACCACAGAAUCAAAUUACCACCCCAAUGAAUUAAAGCCUGCCUCGGACAAUGGUCAACAGACGUUCUCAGAACCAACCGAUGCAUGUGUUACCAUGGCAACAUUAAAUGACCACCACCCUAGUUAUGCAGGUAUACCAACUUCGACUCAUAUUGAUUCAUUUUCCACCAUGUCAAACCCAACCCUUGCCACCAACCUGCCAAUAACGGUACAUUCACACACCUUGCAACACCCACCAUCAUCACUACCAUCGCCCACCAAUCGAUAUACCGCCAAGAAUCUACCACCAACUACUAACCAGAUCACCACCAGUGAUGGUGCCUCGCAUUCAUCCACCAUGACUAUUACCAACCCAAACCCAUCCCCAGAUGUAUCGCUAGAAAACCACCAUUUACCCACCAAUCAGCAACCACCAUCAACCAGUAUAGUUAUGAAUGGUGAAUAUAUGAAUCAUCAUAAGUCACCAAACUAUUCAGUUACCACCAGCAGAAGUUUACAGUUAGCAUCACUAACUGACGCUAACAAUAACAAUAUGGUAAAUGCAAACUUCAUACUUGUAAACAACCAUUUGCCACCAAAAUACUCCAUUGUCAAUACCUCCCAUGCAAACAAACCUCUGUCUGGCUAUAUACCAACAACCAAUGCCAGUACCCUUGUUGCAGUAACCAAUAAUAACCACCAACCAUCCAGUAUGUAUGGUGAAACUACCAAGUAUAAUAUACCAGUGUCAACCACCAAUGAUCACUGCCAGCAAUUACCACCACAUAUACUAUUACCCAGGUCUAUGACCAGACUUCCAUCAACCAUAAUGGAUCAGCCAACAACUCAAUCGUGUUUUGUCAAAACAGAACCAGAAGACGUUAAGCCAGUCAUUGGUGUAGAUGUACCUUCAUUCGACCAAUAAUAUUACAGUGUUGAAAUGAACAAACAAAUGUUGUGAACAAUUUUGAAUUUAUUUGAAAUAUUUGUGCGAGACUUCAUAUAUACAUGGAAUGCUUUGAAGAUUGUGUGACAAUAUAAUCAAGUUAUUUGUGUGAAAAGGUGUGAACAGUGAACUGUCUAUGAGUGGAUAUACUGUUGUAUUAUGGUCAAGUUUGCCUUAUUGUCAAUAUUGGUAUGUGGUAACUGGUAAGUUAUUUGGUCUUAACAUUAUCUUUCUGGCAAAGUAAUGUGCAUGGUUGUUUGGAUAGACUGGAACUACAGUAAAUGUAGUAAAAUAUUCUCUACAUAAAAUUAUUGUUCUGGUCAAACACUUCAGCUAAUUAUGGUCUUAUAAUGGUCAGAGAUAUUACCAAAACCAAUGCUUCCUCUCGCCUGAAAAAAGUUUUGGUGUCAAAACAUUCAAAAAUGCAACUACAUUGCCAAUGUAAAAUUAAGUUAAUAAUUCAUAAUUUCCUAUGAGAAAUUAUGCUAAGAUUAGCAAGUAAAAGUUUGGCAGUAAAAAAGUGGGAAAAAAUGUAGUCAUAUUCCUGAAUAUUUUGACACAAAAACACAACACAUUUAUUCUGGCUGGAGAAAGCAUCUGUAGCCUAAUCGCAGCCUGAAUUUGUUCGUAAUUUCUGCUUUUGAAAUCUUGGGCUGUGAGCAGACGAAAUUGUCUGUGGUAAUGCAUGGUAAAAAGCUUGGUCAUAAGACUCGCUCGGUAAACUACGGUAAAUUCUGGCUUAUGGUCAGAAACAUUUGGCAAAUUAUUUGAUCACAAACUUUGCCCAAUGAUGUCAAUUAUCUUAUGCAUAAUAUUUCUGUAAAUAUAAUAAUGUAUACCAGACACCAAUGUGUGUCUGAAUGAACUUGGGCAAAGAAA